ACACUCAUCGCAGAUAAAACAGAAACUGAAAGUCACAGUCAAAGUCAUGGACAAUUAUUGCAAAAUAGGAAGCCGCCGGAGCCAAAAAAAAAGCCUAACCACAACACCGAUCCAUUAUAAAAUAUCUCGCCACAACAAAAUUCAAUCUCUCUCUCUCUGAAGAUCUCUAUACAAUUUACUCAAAACCAUGGACGACCCCGCCGCCACAAAUUCAGACCCACCGCAGCCCUCGCCGCCGCAACAAACUCAAUCGAAACUAUCAUCAACUCGCCGCCGCAGGCACUCGAUCGCCACCUCCGUAGUUGUCCCCACAAGACUCUCCUUCUCCGCCGCCGCCGCCGCCGCAACAACGACGAAACCGCUCCAAAGCUUCAACACCUUCCCCCACCACCAAAACGGCACCGUAUCGCGUCCGCCGCCGUUGGAUUACGACGAGAUACUCUCGCUCAAGUGCUCUCCUCCUGAAACCUACACUUCCUUAAAAGACAUCCUCCCCGUCUCGGCCGCCGUGAGCUCCCCCACCACCGCCUCCGCCGCCGCCGUGUCGUCCGGGUACGAGAUCUCAAUCCGCAACCGCCUCGUCAAGCAGGCCGCUUGGGCCUACCUCCAGCCCAUGUCGUCCUCGCCGGGCUCCUCCGGCCCACACUUCCUCCACCGCCUCUGGCUCUCGUUCCUCUCUUUCUUCAAACGACACGUCGUUCCCGGCUUCUCCUAUCUCCUCCACCAGGGGAAUGAAGAUAUGCACAGGGGAAUGAGGGGACAAGAUGGAAUAAGAGAACCUACCUCUGUGCGAGAGUGUUUGAACCUUGCAGACUGACCCAU